UUACGCCCAUCAGCUGAUAUGAUAGCAAAUUGAGGUUAGGGGAAGUCAGAGUGGUUUUAUGCCACAAGUGCAUGAAAAUCUUAGAUUUUCACUAAAUUUUCCGCUGAUCUCCUGAAUUUCCAAUAGCAGAAAUGAACCUUCACGAGCCUGUGGACUUAAAUAAGUCAAUCGAUGAACUGACUUCGGAGGAGAAAAUGCGACUGGAGCACAUGAAGCUGCAUGAGAAACACAAAGGCCAUGAAUCCAUGCAUGCAGAGAUGGUGUUCAUCCUCCUGGUGACACUCGUGGUGGCGCAAAUUGUCCUGGUCGAGUGGAAGAAGCGCCACUACAAAUCCUAUUCCCUCGUCACCCUGAUAGGCUUGUGGAUAGUUCCGCCGAUAGUGUGUGUGAAGCAUGAGUGGUGGAGAUUCAUCUUCACUUGGGUGGUGUUUACCAUUCUCACUGGUCUGGUGAUGCGGAAGGCGCUCGUGAAGCCAAUUUCCGGCACAACGCCACGAUUGGUGUACAAAUGGUUCUACUUCAUCUACAAGCUGAGCUAUGCGCUGGGAAUCAUUGGCUACAUCAUCAUGAUGAUGACAUUCUUCGGGCUGAACAUGGUGUUUGACCAGAAGCCGCAUGUCUGGAUGGAUUGUGGGCUGAUGUUCGUGUUCUACGGGCUGUACUACGGUGUCCUGGGACGAGAUAUAUCCGAAAUUUGUGCGGAUAAGAUGGCAUCUCAUAUUGGAUACUACACACCUGAUGGCAUGCCGACGCGUAGCCUGGAGACGAACGUGUGCGCAGUGUGCGGGAAUCAGCUGCUGGUGGCUGAGAAUGAGUCCGGCGUGAUUGAGAACACGUACAAGCUGAGCUGCGAGCAUGUGUUCCACGAGUUCUGCAUCCGCGGAUGGUGCAUUGUGGGCAAGAAGCAGACGUGUCCGUACUGCAAGGAGAAGGUGGACCUCAAGAGGAUAUUCCGCAAUCCCUGGGAGAAGCCACAUGUCCUCUACGGACAGCUCCUCGACUGGAUCCGGUGGCUGGUGGCGUGGCAGCCGUUCAUCCUGCUCAUCGUCCACGGGAUCAACUGGCUACUCGGCCUGGAGUAGGACAGAUUCUAGAUGCAUUUUUUCCGAUGUUGUGAUUCACUCGUGGGUUCAUUUUCUCCGACUUUGAUAAAUACGAUAUAAAUACACCUUUAAUUUAUU